AAGAUUAUGCCGCGUAUCAAAAUAAAACUAAGACAACGUUGUCCACAAAAUAGAAACAUUGGGUUGGGUUUCAGGUCGUCUUCUUAGAAUCGCACGAGGCCCCUCUGAGUAGUGAGUACUAGUAAGCAGUAACAUACUAACAUGGAGCAAUUCAAAGGGCAGCCUCGGCUUCCGAAAUUCGCCUUGCCGAAACGGUACGACUUAAGGCUGAAGCCAGACCUCAAAGCUUGCAAAUUCAGCGGCUCCGUCGCCAUUCUCGUCGACAUCGUCUCCGAGACCCGGUUCAUCGUCCUCAACGCUGCCGAGCUCUCCGUCAAUGCCGUUUCCGUCUCUUUCACUCACACAGAUUCCUCCAAUGUGUAUUAUAUACUACUGAUCUCAUCUGAUCAUCCAUGCAAUUAACUAGGAUGCCUAAUUUGAAAGCAGACACUCCUCGAUUAAUUGUUUUAAUUUCCUUUAAGUGCUCCUGCUGUUCUGUUCAUGCUUUCAAAUAAUUAAUAACUGGAUGGAUUGAUUAUAUAAAUUCAAGUUAUGAAG